AUGUGAAUCUUUAAACCUUAAUUCAAUUUUAGGCGAGCAAGAUAUUCCUGGUUUGACUGACACCACAAUUCCACGUCGUUCCGGUCCCAAGAGAGCAAGUAAGAUAAGAAAACUUUUCAACUUGUCAAAAGAGGAUGAUGUGCGCCAAUAUGUAGUGAGAAAACCUCUUCCCCAGAAGGAAGGGAAAAAGCCUAGAACAAAGGCUCCAAAGAUCCAACGAUUGGUUACUCCUAUCAUGUUGCAGAGAAAGCGUCAUCGCUUGGCCUUGAAGCGCAAGAGGGCACAGAAACGUAAAGACCAGGCUGCUGAAUACGCUCGGCUGUUGGCCCAACGUGCCAAGGAGGCAAAGGAAAAACGUGCUGAGGAAAUAAGGAGGAGACGUUCAGCAUCCCAGAGGGAAAGUUCUUCCUCUGCCGGUAGGACUGUCAGUCAAAGUUAAUUUGGAUUAAUGAUAAAAAAAUACAGUUCUAUCAAAAAAAUGAAAAAUAAAUAAAUAUUCUGAAUUU